CAGUGUUGGCUGAGACCGCUGUCUAUCAGCGAUAUGUUUGCAACAUCGGCAGAAGCCCCUGCCGACCCUCACCCGAGAGUACAAGAAGCGGCGCGAGGGUCGGAUUACUAGUGAGCCAUUUAAAGGGCUAGGAUUAAAAGAAAGAUCAGAAGAGAUAAUGUGCAAGUUUUGAAUGUGUCUACAAUCCGAAGCUAAAGGCGUCUGCAAAGUGCCCAGAGCAGUUCCAGUUACUUACUACUCCUUAAGAAUUAACCUUCUUUAAAUCUACGCAGUUUACCUUACAACCUUCAAAAGAGCUAUCAAGACUAUACUCACCCAGCCUGGUGAGCACUUUACCAAGGUUCUGGAGGUGCUCCUCAUCGUUCUUGCCAGUCACUAUGAUGUCAUCAAGAAACAUCUUUUUUUUAAAGAAACCCUGUGGACUAGCAAAGGUCUGGGAAAAUGUCAGCCGGUGUGGAAAAGGCUUGUCAUCGAUGCAUUUCAAAAAUUGCCAGCAAUGGAAUGAAGUUCUUGGAUAGCUGCCCCAUUCAGCCAUUGAUCCCACUGUAUUUGCUGGUUGGAGGAAUCAUUGGCAGUUUGAAGGUCUCCUUCCUCUUGUAUGAUUCCACAAAAAUGAGACGCCUCCUUAACAAGUCAGUCAUGAUCGGCGACGAUGAUGACGACGAGUAUCCUUGGCGACAAAAUCUGCACAGAUAUUACAUCCAUAUCACCCUCAGUCUGUUCCUGUUUGUCUGGUUUAUACUGGGGAAUUGCUGGGUUUUCUCCGUGUUUCUGCCAAAUUUCAUUCCACCUUUUCAUCAGCCGCAAGAUUACUGUGACAAAACAGUGUACAUAUUCUCGGUCGUUGUUCUGAUCAUAAGUCAUACAGUUUUAGGCCUUUUGGUACUCUGCAGUUGCUGUAUAAUUUCUUUUUCAAAGUCAGGUGACGAUUCAGAAGAAGACUGAAAAUCAAGCAUUUGGCGAUCAAGAAAA